AUGAAGGAAAGAGAGCCAACAGAUGUCAAAAGUAAGAUACCGGGACGUCAUUUUCACCUUCCAUUUGAAAUCAAUGAGACAAACAGACUUGGACCGUGGGAAAUUCUACUUAGCGAAAACACCAUCAAAGACAUACGGGAAAUGCUGUAUAAUGAAGACUUCAAUGAUAUGCAAAUAGAUUUACCUCUUUCUAUCGAAACAGUCAUGAAAAAACUUAGGCAGAUAUCAUCCGGGGCGUGGAAAAAGCAUGAUCUUCAACUUGACUAUGGAUUCUCUAUCUAUAAAGAAUCGUUCACGCAACAUGUAAAAGUUUGGGCUGUCACUGCAAGCCAAGAAAAGAUUGACAAAACAUUACAAGCCCUUAAAAGAGUCCAUAAGGUCUACACUUCCGAACAUAUUCGUCGAUGCGCAAUCCAAAUGAUAAGCAAAAACAAUGUAGUUUUACCGGAAUAUUUUGAAGAUGAAGGAAUGAGGUUCACCAAUGAAGAGUUGGACAAUGAGAGAUUAUUAGAAGUACAUCAAAUGUUUGUUACAAAUAAAUUUAUUCCUGUAUCAAAGGAUUUGUUCAAGUCGCUCAUCCUGAGUGGUUCUGACUUCACCUUCCUAGUAUCCAAGACUGAAUACGAGAUAAUUAACAAUCCUUCGUCGGCGGUCGUAUUUGGUCGAUCGGGGACCGGCAAGACUACAUGUAUCGUAUUUAGGUUGCUCGUUUCAUAUCUAAAAAGCCAACUUUACAAGACACCAUCUUCACAUAGUGAUAACGUAUAUCCUUACAAAAGACAAAUCUUUAUUACAUUGAACCCCAUUCUGUGCUUGCGAGUAAGGAAAUAUUUCAACCAGUUGCAAAAAACGGCGAAGUUUGCUGGUGAGAAGAUUUCGAAGGCUCAGUUUAUUGCUUUGAAGAGAGAAUACAGUAGUAGUAAGGAACUCGAUGACAAUAACAUGCAGGAGGAGGACGAUGUGAAGAAAAUCCUGAGUGAAAUUCCGAAUUCGUUUCGUCUGUUAACGGACGAGCAUUUCCCAUUAUUUAUUACUUGUGAAAAGUUUUCAGAAAUGCUUCUAGGAACCUAUGGUAUUGACGUUCGAAUGUUGACCACAAAACAAAAACCAAAGCUCAAUGUUGAUUAUGACGACGAGGAAGAAUUGCAUUUUAGGUCUCCCUUUGCAAAAAUGUCAAACUCUUUGUGGGCUUCCUAUGUAGACUACGAUUUGUUUAUAAAUAAGUAUUGGCUUCAUUUCGGUGAUUAUUAUAGAAAAAAGAUGGAUUGCGAGCUGGUCUACUCUGAGUUCUCUAUUAUCAAGGGCACGGAUACUAAGGUAGACUACCUAUCAAGGGAAGAAUAUCGUGACAUUAGUAUCAGGAAAUACCCAACAUUUUGUCACUGUCGUGAUGAU